AUGUAUAGUUUACAUUACAAUGCUCCCCAAGAAGAAGAAGUUAAAGAAUUACUCAAAAAAUUUAAAGAACAUCUGUUCAAGGCAAGAUCAGAAACAAUUAUUAUGAUUGAAUUCAAAUGUUCAUAUACCACAUUCUCAUCAACAGGCUCCAAUGGUAAACUUAACAUGAUCUUUGAUAGAAUUAAGAAAUUGAAUAAAGGUGAAAAACAUUUAAAAAUUACUUGUGAUAAUGCUGAAGAACAAAAUAAAAAUAAUGUAACUGUUUGGUUUUGUUUAUAUUAUGAAAGUGUUGAAAUGGGUCAACCCCAAAUCAAGAACUUCAUAUAA